AUGGCCACCUUCGUCGAGGACCCGCGGUCCAUCCAGCAGCAGACCCUGUCCAAUCUCGCAGACCAUCUCGACGUCUGCACGAGAGCGGGCUUUCUGACGGUCGGAAAUGCUGCGGGGAACGGGGGGAUCAGUACUCUCAAGAGUGCCGAUCAGAGUGCGCGUGGGUGGUUGGACCUGACCGGUGAGAACAUGCCGCCCGCGAGGUUGCCUGAGGGGUUUACAACGAAGGGGAUUGUGGCGUCCACGGACGAUUAA